CUUUUGUAACCAAGAUGUGGGCGGUGAUGCUGGUGGGCGUGGUUGCAGUAUUGGGUGUGGUGGUGGGCGGCGAGGAGGAGGGAUGGAUCCAUCAAAACAUGGCCACAACUCACAGGCAGUCGCCGGAGCUUGGGUGGGGAACGGCCCAGAAUAUGGUGAUGAGAAGGCCAGGAGUAUGGCAGGAAACGACCCCCAACAACCCCUUCCUGCUGUCUUCCUCCCGCCCCGUACCUCCACACCAAAGGAAGAACAACUUUAUCAUGGACGACGACUACGAAGAUAACGAGGGCAGUGUCUCCGAUGAAUUUUGGCUUUCCCAGGCUCGCUUUACCAGCCUGAACCCACACAACCAACAGCACUCUACCUCCCUCAAGGGUCUACAGCAUCUACUGGAGGGGCAGGUGAGCCCCGGCCACUAUCCCACCAAGGUCGACCAGCUGAGGCACGAGGGCGUCCCCACACACCUGCCCAACACAUACAACAACAAACAAAUGAACCGUCCGCAGCACCCUGGGCGACGAGUCAACCUUUUAGGCAGAAGCGACCCCCGGACUGCUCAGCCCUUGGACUAUAACAAAGAAAAUAUCCAGGUCCCUAUUAUAAACCGAGAAAACUUUCCACACGCAGGAACUGUGAACCCCAACCGCCUCAGUGAGGACGUUCAUUACAAUUACGACAGUGAGACGGGCAUCCCGCAACCUUUUAGUUCACAAAAAAAGUUUCCCGAAGACUUUAUCAGUAAUACAAUUCAAUAUCCACAAGAUUACAAUUACCCCGAUAAAUUUCCCAAAGAAUCAUUUACGUCUGACCGAUCUUCACAAUUCCUUCCUCACCACGAACGAUUCCCAAUAAACUUGUUUGGCGACGGCCAGUUACCUGGCAACUACAGGCAACACAAUAUGUUCAGGAAUGUAGACAACCAAGACUCCCAAGACCAUAUGACAGUGCCAGAGCCAUUCCUGGAGCCUUACACCAUGGGGGAUUUCACUCACCAACAACCGCUCGUCAAUGAAGAACCAUUUGGAGACUUUCAGACUUUCCCUCACCAUAUACCUGCAGGCGUCCUCGAGAGUGGAGGCAGAGGGUGGCUCCAACCUUCCUUGUCCGGACUCAACUUGCCGUCUUCCAAGAACCUCAUCUACUUCUUCACCAAUCCUGAAAUGACCAAGGAGGGUCGACGAGAGGCGUGCCACGCCCUUAACUUACACACGUGUGGGACGCGGGUGAUCAACGAGUUCACCUACGAGCGAGACCACCUGGAGACCUGUAGGAUCAGGGAGGUGAGCCCUUACACAGAGCAGGUUGGGGCAUAUCGUGUACUGUCUAUGCCUGGGCAGUACACAGAGCAGGUUGGGGCAUAUCGUGUACUGUCUAUGCCUGGGCAGUACACAGAGCAGGUUGGGGCAUAUCGUGUACUGCCUAUGCCUGAGCAGUACACAGAGCAGGUUGGGGCAUAUCGUGUACUGCCUAUGCCUGGGCAGUACACAGAGCAGUACACAGAGCAGAACCAGAAGCAGGUUGGGGCAUAUCGUGUACUGUCUAUGCCUGGGCAGUACACAGAGCAGGUUGGGGAAUAUCGUGUACUGUCUAUGCCUGGGCAGUACACAGAGCAGGUUGGGGAAUAUCGUGUACUGUCUAUGCCUGGGCAGUACACAGAGCAGGUUGGGGAAUAUCGUGUACUGUCUAUGCCUGAGCAGUACACAGAGCAGGUUGGGGAAUAUCGUGUACUGUCUAUGCCUGGGCAGUACACAGAGCAGGUUGGGGCAUAUCGUGUACUGUCUAUGCCUGGGCAGUACACAGAGCAGGUUGGGGCAUAUCGUACUGUCUAUGCCUGGGCAGCAAUACAGGUUGGGGAACACGUGAACUGUCUAUGGCAGUACACAGAGCAGGUUGGGGCAUAUCGUGUACUGUCUAUGCCUGGGCAGUACACAGAGCAGGUUGGGGCAUAUCGUGUACUGUCUAUGCCUGGGCAGCAGUACACAGAGCAGGUUGGGGAAUAUCGUGUACUGUCUAUGCCUGGGCAGUACACAGAGCAGGUUGGGGAAUAUCGUGUACUGUCUAUGCCUGGGCAGUACACAGAGCAGGUUGGGGAAUAUCGUGUACUGUCUAUGCCUGGGCAGUACACAGAGCAGGUUGGGGAAUAUCGUGUACUGUCUAUGCCUGGGCAGUACACAGAGCAGGUUGGGGCAUAUCGUGUACUGUCUAUGCCUGGGCAGUACACAGAGCAGGUUGGGGCAUAUCGUGUACUGUCUAUGCCUGGGCAGUACACAGAGCAGGUUGGGGAAUAUCGGUAUAAAAACAGAUUUGAUGAUAGAAGCAAGAUACAGAUUUAG